AUGAACCCCAAAAUGAUAGUAACAUCAAAACGUGAACCCAAUAGUUGUUGGCUGCUCAAACACUGUGAUAUAAUUUCAUGGGACGGGGCUAAAAGGUUACCAGUGUUGCCAGAAUUUGUGAUGAAUUCAGUUGUGAAAGAAAAAGCCAGACGUGCAUAUCAAGCUGAUGCGUCCGACAAAUGUCCAGAUAACACUAAAAUAUUUGCUGCUGAUAUGCAGCUCGUCAUUUUAUUACCCAGAUUAACUACCAAAGAGUAUCUGUUUGUAAGAAAAGAUGAUUAUGUCAUACUGUGGCACGAGGCAAUUGCUGUUCACCAAAACCUCAAGAAAGCAAAACGUCGACAAGCUCGGUAUGCCGAUACAAAGACCAAAUCGGCUAACUUUCAAGUCGGUGAUCCAGUCUAUGUUGAAAAUCAUUUGCGUACCAGUAAACUUCAAGAAAUGCAACAACCUUAUCAUGUAGCGCUUGGUGGUGGACUCUCAACUGCGCUGGGCUUGCUACUGUCACAGCCUCACUCUCGACAGCAUGCCUGGUCAGGUCAUUUUGGGCAGCUGAUACUUAUCUGUUAUCUCCUUGCUGAGAUUGGCGAAAGUUUUUCGGGUGUCGAAGCGCGCUUGUUGAAUUGUCACGCCCAGGCAAAUCCUUUUGGCGAAAUCUCUUCUGGUACAGCUUGUGGUGGAUGA